UAUAUCAGUUAUAUUUCGGAGCUGAUUUUGGUACGCACGAUCGUUGUUAAUAAAUACUAAAUUGUCUGUAUAAUGGAAAUGAAAAGUGAACUGCCUACCGACGAUGCCUCCGUGGAGUUAGGGCGACGGCCCGAGGGGGAUGCGAAGCCAUCAGAAAGUCUGCUCACCCUGAAGCCGACCUGGAGCGAAAUGACUUUGACUGGUUCCUCUGAUCUUUGCUCAGAUGCCAUCCACCUUGAUUUUUUAGUGGAGAAGGGUUGGAUCGACUACGACUCUCUCGAUCAGAAAGCUGUGGAUGAGACGGGCGACUGUUCGAGAUGCUUAACUAGUGCUUCAGCUGGGGGAAUCGCGGAAAUAGUCAAUGAAAUGCGAAAUGAGUUUAUCGGCAAGUUGAGCACAAAUGUCAAGGGCCUUAAGAGAAUCCUGAAAAAGGAUAAUGAGCUUCGUUUACGAAAGGGCAUGACGAAGCCAGGAGAAGGUCAGUCAGUUUUUCGGGAGCAGGGUGUUGAGCCCAAGAAUGUCUCUGACGUUGAGUUGGAGGUUCCUGAAUUCAUGAACGACGAAGAAACCCCUAAAGAGGAACUUUCAACCGAAGACGACAAUCGAGUUGAUGAUCAGCUCAUAGGCGACAUUAAAGAAUUUGCUAGCGAUGUUGGGAGGAAUCCUGAUAGUGUGGACCGUAAUAGUGAGCUCGCGGCUAAGAUUAUUUCAGAGGUUGAGUUGAAGAUUCCUAAUCUCAUGAACGACAAGGAAAAUCCUGAAGAGGAACUUUCAACUGAAGUCGGCCAUCGAGAUGAUGAGAUUAUUAAGCUAAUAGGCGACAUUAACCAAUUUACCACCGAAGUUGAGAAGGAUCCCGAUAGUGUGGACUGGUCGAAUUUUCGAUCUAACCUACUUAAAAUUCACAGGCACUAUGUACAAAAUCCAGAGACUAAAUCGCAAUUCCAUGUUGAAGUGCCUUCUUCUGACAUCAGCGUGCCUGUAUACGACCUUAAAAGUCAGUCUAAGUAUCUGCGCAGAAAGGUUCAAAGCCUCGAAUCUAAGAUCCUCAACCUGGACGAAACCUUAGAAGAGUUUUCUGAAAAUUUUAGACGUAGUCUCGUCAGCAAGGAGAGUGUGGAACACGAAAUGGUGACCCUUUCGGUAAUGCGGGAUAGAAUCGGGCAUAGGCUUAGCGAGUUGGAGAAUGAAUUUCGUUGGGCCCGGAGACAACUAUUUAUGGCGGCUAAAGACGAAGACAAAAAUAAGCAGCGGGCUCAUUCCUUCCACAACUGAAUGCACCACGAAUUCCAAGUCUUUUGUGGUGUAAAUCCAAAGUACAUCAGCAAAUAUAUAUUGCUAAAAAGGCAUGCUCCAUUUAUUUUUAAUUAAA